AAUAAAUAAACAAUAACAAAAUAGCGUAUUGCCGGAGUGAGAAACAUCUGUGAGGAAGCUCUGACAUUGAAAGACUAUCCAAAACCACGAUUUGUUGCACAAUUUCAAGUUCGACAAGGAACCUUCAGUAGCAAAGAUACGGAGAGUUUGAAAAACGCGACUAUCGAAAUUGUACCAGCCGAAUAGAUUAUCCAUGAGUAUGGAACAAGUCUUGAGUCACGACGAAGGUGACUGCGACAGCCCAGAUGAGGAAACACCAUUGGAACGCUGGGCUCCCGUUGGAUCGAGCGAGAUCGAUGAUCCACCAAACAACGACACCUGGGACGAUGACGAUCAGUGUGGGCUGAGUGAGUUUGAACGUCUACGGCACCUAGAAGAAGAACAAGAGCAGCUCAACUCGUCUUUGUACGCGCUAACUACACAUUUUGCUCAGGUUCAAUUUCGGCUCAAGCAAAUAGUUGAUGCAUCACCCGAGGAAAAAGAGGUUCUUCUGAAAGAACUGGAGGAGUUUGCAUUCCGUGGAGUUCCAGACUUGCGCACCUGCCAAACAAGUGUUGGACUGCUGCUUUCUGAGACAGAGCAAGAGCAAGAAGAGAAGCUUGAACAACAGAGACAAAAGCAGAAAGAGCUGAUUGACCAACUCAAGGGUCAGUUGGAAGACCUCGAAAAAUAUGCAUACGAGACAGGAGAGGCAGGUUUGCCAUCAAGCAUGCUCCUAGAGCGACAGUCGGUCGUAAUAGAACAUCUGAAAGAAAAACUUCCACUGAAUCUGGAUGAGCUUGAUUCUCUGGACGCGGACGACCUUCGGCGGCACAUCGACCGAGCGAUCCGAGAGAUGGUGAAUCCGGUGAAGAUGAAAGAGCAGUUGGUGUCUCAGCUCAAGACCCAGGUUUCAGACUUGGAGCGCUUCAUUCAAUUCAUUCAAGGAGAAGGAUCUGAUGGCAAACCCAGGUGCACUUGCAAUUGCCCAGUACAUGGCAAGGCCAGUCCAGUGGCAUCCGAAUCGUCAUCUGAAUGCUACACACGCACACGCUCGUACAAGGAACAGCUGAGACGUGCUCACAAAGAAAGCCAGGAAACCCAGCACCGAAUCCUGCGACGCAUGCUCACCCUGCUGCAGAUGUUCGCCUUCGCCCAGUUUGGUUGCGGGAAACAGAAUUUCCAAAAGAACCUCAUGAAGAAGACCCCAAAAGGGAACCAUUGGGGAGACAUGCGGGCCAAACUUGAAGUGGCUGUGAACCAAGUACUGGCCCUGGCUGCAAAGCAGGAACCUCAAUGUGUCGACAGUGAUUAUACUAGUGACUCUGAAGAUAGCCCUAUUGUGCUCUGCAAUGAGAAGCUAACCACAGCCGUCAGGAAAGACCUUGCUGCGGCCCUGAGGGACCUUAUUCAGCACGGCCUUAUGCAGGUGGGCCAGAGCACCAGUAUUGUACCGCUAGGGUGUUUUGUUCUACGAUCUGCGAGUGUUCCAUCGUUGCUGCAUGCCUGGGAUCUAAUACUCAAGUACUACGAAAUCAAAAAUGGAAUCCAGUACAAUGCAUCACCAGCAAGAAAGCUGUCCGAAAGCUUCAACCUCGAUUUGGCAGGGGGGACAAUUGUCACACCAAAACAGACACUACUGGGAGCCAUUCAUAACAUAAUCUGCAGCCACACGCCACUGAAAAGAAGCUACGAUUCACAUUUCAAAGCUUUUGUUUGUGCAGCACUCAAUGAGAAGAAGUUGGUGCAGUGGCUACGUCUCAUGUUCAAGAGCAAGGGGCUUGUGGAACAUUAUUACAUGCCAUGGAGUUACGUACGAAAAACAGGGUUUGAAGAUGCGCUCCAUUCACUGGAUCGCCUGACACAUUUUGACUUUGACUUGCCCGUGGAUCUAGCUAUCAGACAGUUACAGAACAUCAAGGAUGCUUUUUGAACAUGGUUCAGGAAUUACCCGUGCUCAGCUAGGCCCUGUGUCGCAAGAUUCUAUCAAAGGCCUUCAAACGUUGCCAAAAGACACGGUGAAUUGGACUGACUGGAUGUUGUCCAAGCCAUGGGGCCAUAUUGUGGACCCAGUGUGCCGCAGGGAAUGGUUACAAUGAAUUGCUUUAGGUUUAGGUUUUUAUGUCUGAUAGGCACCAGCGUAGUCUACUUUGGGCAGGAAUUACCGGCCAUUACACUGAUUAGUUUUUGAUACCGGUGUUACAGAUUUAUUUAUCCGCAUAAGUGACACACUGUUUUUACCCGAAUUACGAAAAUUAGAUCGUAACACUCGAGCGCCACUCAACAGCCGAUAUAUUCCGAAACAUACAAGUCAGUUCAAAACAUAAGGAGACAAAAUAUUACCCACAUACGUGACGUACUGUUUUUACCCGAAUUACGAAAAUUACAUCGUAACACUCAUGCGCCACUCAACAGCCGAUAUAUUCCGAAGCAUACAAGUCAGUUAAAAACAUAAGGAGACAAAAUAUUACCCACAUACGUGACGCACUGUUUUUACCCGAAUUACGAAAAUUAGAUCGUAACACUCGAGUGCCACUCAACAGCCGAUAUAUUCCGAAGCAUACGAGUCAGACAAAAUAUUACCUGCACUUGGGCGACCAGGUUGGGGGUGCGUUCGUUAUGCAAGUGUGUACAUACGGUAGUUUUUUUUACGUAGAACUUGCUAAUUCUUUUAGUCGUUUUUACGUUGCUGCAAAGUAUUAGCUUCUGCUAACUAUUGGCCCUCAUACUUCAAGGCAUAUCAGGGGUUCGGUUUCCAAUGGUUUUUUAUUUUUUUAAAACACUACAAAUACCUGAUGUGCAGGUAUAACCUUAUCAAACUAGCCGCAUGUGAAAUUGUGUAUCUCGACCUUAAUCCACUUUCAGCAGUGUUGGCUGUGGUCAUGUUUAUGGCGGACCAGAUCGAAGGUACCGUCUGUCGGGCAGCUAGUUUGUUAACAAUGCUUACGUUGUUAAUAUCGCUUUCCAUCUUUGUUUUAACACAUUUUGUCAGCAUAUUAGUUUCAGUCCUGAAGUAGCAGAACGUAUAAGGAAUGUUUCGAAGAUCUGUAAAAGUUCUGAUGUUUAUGCUGUUUAUGCUGAUGUUUAUGCUAUGCUUAUCAGCUGUUUCCAGUACCAUUCCCUGAUUUCCCAUGUGAGUUUAACUUGCAAGCAACUCUGUGAGAGAUGUUUCAAUUCCAGCACAUGUGUUCAUCACGUUCAUGAAAUACCUAAUGCAUGUAGUUACGUACCAGUGGAACUUUCAUCAGUAUUGUAUCGCGUAAUCCAUAAUCAAUCUAAUCAAUAAUGAUGCUCACCCAGUGUAUUGCACCCCAGAAAAUAUGACUGAUAAGAAGUGAUUUGCUUGGAAGUGCUUGCUAGAAGGAAAUGCUCAUUAAGGAAAAUGAACUCUGAACUGUUUUCGAAGGAGUAUUUCUGCAGCGCUGAGGAUGAGUGCAAAGCUACUAUGAAAUACAUUACAUGGGAUUUUUACUAACGGUUAUCUCGACGUGAUUGUUAGUAGGGACGUUUCAAACUGUAUACCGUACAGACUUGUGCGCAGGCCGCACCAGUUUACGGGAACAGGUUGGAGGUUAGGUGUUCAUGUGGGGCACGGUGUUGGCCGUGAGAUGGCGCUGAUUACUUGUACACGCGGGCUGGAAACUUACUUUAUGCGAGAAGCAUAUAUGAUUGAGAAGAAGACAUAAUUACUAAAUCAAGUUUUAUGCCUAACUGUUCGAACCCCUACCUGUUUGAAGGGGGGGGGGGGGGGCACUCGUUGCUUUUUUUGCGCAUGAACUGCACCUGCAUCAAAUGCAAUAUGGCAAUUUCAGAUAAAGGUCAUCCUUGAGAAGCAUUCUACACCGAGAGCUCCAGAUUUUGGGGGAAUGUUGCCGUAGUCCCUUUAAAGACGUAUGCGAGUUCCUUUUUUUUUUUUUUUUUACUCCCUUCCGACGGGCAUGAAAGAAGUCCACAUGCCUUAAAAGUGCUGUGGAGAUGUUCGCAUGUCAUACUGUUUUAAGUUGUCAAACUUGCAUAUUGAAACUACAUUCCAAGUUGAUACCUUAUAGACAUCAUGUGCAUCCCAGAGUUCUGUGUUCGGUCAUAGCAUCGAGCUGACAAGACACGUCUGCCAAAUGUCUGGUUGUACACAGUACACAGUCCCAACCAGUUUUGACUUUCAUAUUUUGGUCUCUAUCAUGCUUCUAACUGUUCACAUGGAACUCUACAUGAGAGUUAUCAAACACAAUUGGUUGGUGAGAAAUUAGUUCAUGUCAGCAUUUCGAGUUUGUAUGUAGCUUUCAACACACGUGUUAAGUGAACCAACUUGCAUACGUGAGAAAAGUGUAUGAUGAAGCACUUAACUGUUACUUUCAAACAUUUCUGUAUGAAUCAUGUUUGCAUCUUGUGCAGCUACCUUCUUUGGGCAGAAACAUGGACAGGGAUAAUCAUAAAUCACGUACGUAUGACCUUAUGAAUGGGUAGGGGGUGUUCAAAUGUAAGAAUAUUUGCAACAUGUAAAUGUGUCAUACAACCACUUCGACAAGCCCCCAACUAAGGAAUACUUCUGCGGAAAACGAUGUGUUACUGCUCAUACAUUGCAAAUGUGAAAUAUGUUGCCAGAGUAAUAUUCAUUUCCUACUUAUGUGGUUCCUCUUCUUUUGUGCUACUUGCUUUAUAGGUUGUAUCACAUCCCUUCAUCAUAAGAUAGUUGUAUAACAUUAUUUUAUGUUGCACAUGUUGUUGAUUUCUACAAGUUCGAGCCGUGUUUGUUUUAUAAUAGUGUUGAAGUUGUGAUAUGGCAUUUCUGUCUAGUCCUUUUUGUUCUUAUUGCAUUUUAAUAUUACCUGACAUGAUUGUUGCAUUCGAAGCUUCUAUACAUCAAUGCAAGAAGACAAUGCAUUUCUGUGAAAGAAGUAUAUCUAACGUGGAUCUGAUUUUGCCUGAAUAUCGUGCACGCGCACCUUUUUUUAAGAUGAUCUCCUGCAAUGUGACCCCCAUUCCUUGGAUGCAAAGCAACAUUUAAGAGUUUUCUAUCGUGAAACAAAACAUGUCAAUUGUCUUUGAGUUCACCCUAUGUAAAACACCAGGUUGUUAUUCUGACAUGUCCAGAUAUGAAAUGUGUAAAUACUAUAUUAACAUUUGAGAUGUAUUAAAACACUACUUUAUGAUGUU